CGAAAGUUGAUUUCGUCUGAGUGAACGAGCUGAGCAAUAAAAUCAACAUCGAGUAGAGUGAUGGCUGAGAAAGCAAAGAACUACCGGUCGUGAAAUGAUUCUUUUGUUUUUACUGGGGAUGACGAUGGAGCUUGCUCUGAUCAUUAAACCGCUUUGUCCACCGUAAUCAAAAAAAAACUGACCUAGACCAAUCAAUUUGAUAGCAGCUCGUUGUAUAACACUUCCUUGAAUUUGACACACCCCUCGCUAGCGAGAUGCAAAACCAUCAAACCAUUCAGAUGAAUCAAAGUUGCUUUCGUGUUCAAUGCGAACCUUCCAGGAAGCUGGCCGGAAUUUCACCAUGGGAACUUGAAACCAAAACAAAUCGGUAAGGCGAGACCGUAGGUCACAUGAUCGGCCUGAAUAUGUGGGUCAAAGAGGAUGUCACGACGUCGUAGGAAUGAUGCGUCAAAUAUGUCGCAAGAUGCAAGCUCGAAAAGACAAAUAAAAUGCUUGUUCGUCCAGCGCAAGUAGCAGUUCUGAUGGUAAAAUCGAAUUCGAGAAGAAAAAGGGCAUCGCUAAUGGCUGUACAAGAAGUCCUUGACGUAGAGAGAUGGAGCAUCACUGCAAGAGAAUAUCUAUCAAAUGCCCAUGGCGUAAACAACGCUGCUCAGUCUGUCUGUUCAACAUGGACUUCGCCCCCCAAAUACAAAAUGACAAAAUUAAUCACUCAAGCAACCUCCCGGUUGCUCCUGCUGGCAGCUAUUGCCCUAUUACCAGCAGCCCUCGGUGGAUCACCAUUUAUGCACUCUCGCCCUAGAACCAUCACACGAACUGUUAGUUCCAACAUCACUCUCGAUGAACCGACCCUCGCAAAUCCAUACCUGGCCCCGGGCGGAAAGGAAGCCCUUGGCACGAAACAAGUGUCGGAUUUUAGCCUUAGCCAAGGCAAGAACGUUUUCGAUGUAAUCUACCAGUGGAAGAUUAUCGAUUUCUUGUACCCGAGCCUGCAGGCUCGCAACGAUGCCAUUCGUACUAAACAAUUCAUCCCGGAGAACAACCUCCCGCUGGGCGUUGAUCGCUUCCGCAACCGCAUCUUCAUCACCACCCCUCGCUGGAACCCAGGUGUACCGGCUACCCUGUCGUACCUGCCCCUUCCCGUUCAGGACCCAAGUCUACCUCUGAUCCCCUAUCCAGACUGGAGUUUCCAUACGUCCCCCCAAAACCCCGACUGUAGUCGUCUCGUAUCCGUGUAUCGUAUCUACGUGGAUGAGUGCGAUCGCCUUUGGGUUCUCGACGCCGGAGUCAUAGACACCCUUACCAACCUCCAACAGAUCUGUCCGCCAAAGAUCCUAGCAUUCAACCUUCACACAGACGAACUGCUGUUCAGCUACACUCUCCCAGCGGAUCAGGUCAAACAGGACUCGUUGCACACCAACAUCGUUGUCGAUAUCCGAGACGCUCAGUGCCAGGAUGCGUUCGCCUACGUUGCCGAUGUGUGGCGCUACGGAAUCACCGUGUUCAGCUUGCGGGAAUUCAAGAGCUGGCGCACCACCAACUACCUCUACAACCCGAAUCCCUUCGCCAGUGACUACAACUACAAGGAGCUGAACUUCCAGUGGUCUGAUGGAGUGUUCGGAAUGUCUCUUUCGCCUGUCCAUAGAAAUGGCGAUCGCAUGCUGUUCUACCACCCGAUGUCCAGCUACACGGAGUUCCAAGUACCGACCUCGGUCCUGCAGAACGAAACCAUCUGGCAGAACUUCGGUCUGGCCAAGGCAUUCCAACCGGUGGGCAGUCGCGGUAAGGCCGGUCAAUCGUCCACCUCCGGAGUCGCCCACAACAACGUGCAGUUCUUCACCCUUGUGCAGCAGAGUGGAGUUGGCUGUUGGGAUCUGGCCAAACCGUACAACCGCAAUAACUUAGGUGUGGUCGAGAAGGACAUGGACAAGCUGACGUUCCCGAAUGAUUUGAAGGUGGAUCGCGAGCCGAAGCAAUCGCUUUGGGUGAUCAGCAACAAGCUGCCGGUGUUUUUGUACUCGCGACUGGACUACAGCGAGGUGAACUUCCGAGUGCUGAACGCCGGAGUGCAGGAAGCGAUUAAGAACACCGUGUGUGAUCCACGGAUGCCUCCGAGCUUGGCCUACGAAAAGGAGCCGGAGUGCGAUGUGUAGAGAUUUGAUUUCUUUUAUGUAUUUUGAUGUGUAAGUUUUACUACUGUUGAUAAGAGUUGUCUAGAGUAAGGUUUAAGUUUUGAUUCAGCCGUGCUGAUAUGAUAAUAGUAAAUCCAUGCUCGACCAGUGAAAAUAAAUGAUUCAAAGAACA